AUGGAAGCUUUUGCUUUCCGACUUAACGAUGUUUCACCAGAAGAGUCGCGGCAAUUUGUCAUGAAGUUCAUGGACAAUUUGCCAGCAGAGUUGGGAGAGAAUCCCGAAGGCAAGCCGCAAGUGCUCAUUUUCGACAGCAGAAAGCCCCUAUGUGGCUUCUCUUCGAUUGGGUUUGAGUAUGAAUCUCUCAUCGACCAGAUCACUGAAGGCGAAGAGCUCAACGAUGGUGACCUCGUUGUAUUCCAGGCCCGAGACACACCCAAGGGCCAGUACUGCUCGGGUUCUACAAGAAUCGGCGAUUUGCGCGUCGCGUUAUGGAAAGCGCUCGUCGAGCAGGGCUACAUGACAAAGCCUUGCAACGGCGAGGCCGGCUCCCUACAAUUCGUAUGGGUGACCGAAUUCCCCAUGUUCAAGCCCACCGAAGAGAACGAGCCCGGCCAGGAGGGUGCGGCCGGCAUCGCCGCGUCACACCACCCCUUCACGGCCCCCCUCUCCGAAAAGCACCUCGAGCUGCUCUUCACGAGCCCCCUGGAUGCCAAGAGCGCCGCGUACGACCUCGUCCUCAACGGCGUCGAGAUUGGCGGCGGCAGCGUCCGCAACCACAUUGCGGACGUGCAGGACUUCAUUAUGCGCGACGUGCUGCGGAUGACGGACAAGCGCAUCGCGGACUUUGCGCACCUGUUUGAGGUGCUGCGCGCCGGAUGCCCGCCGCACGCCGGCUUCGCUCUCGGCUUUGACCGCCUGGUGGCGCUGCUGACGGACACCGCGACUGUCCGCGACGUGAUUGCCUUUCCCAAGACGAUGAAGGGCGAAGACGCGUUUGUCAAGUCGCCAAGUCGGAUUACGGACGAGCAGCUUGCGCCGUACGGCUUGCAACUGCGCAGAUGA